UCUUCCUUCUCUCUCUAAUAUCUCUCUCUAGAAUUGAUUAAAAGGGCAAAAUGGGAAGACAGCCAUGUUGUGAGAAGGUAGGGUUGAAGAAAGGGCCAUGGACAGCUGAGGAAGACAAGAAGCUCAUCAACUUCAUCCUCUCCAAUGGCCAGUGCUGUUGGAGGGCUCUCCCUAAGCUCGCCGGCCUCUUGAGAUGUGGAAAGAGUUGUAGGCUUCGGUGGACUAAUUACCUUAGACCCGACCUUAAACGAGGCCUUCUCUCCGAUCUCGAGGAGAAAAUGGUCAUUGACCUUCAUGCUCAACUUGGAAACAGAUGGUCAAAGAUUGCUUCGCAUCUACCGGGAAGAACGGAUAAUGAGAUCAAGAACCAUUGGAACACGCACAUUAAGAAGAAGCUAAGAAAAAUGGGCAUCGACCCUCAAACUCACAAACCAAUCUCUUUUCCAACUGGUCAACUUCAAUCUCAAAUCCAUUGUCAUCUGGACACAGAGACAUCGACAAAUUCAUCGGUCGUUACCAAAGUUGAUGAGGUGCAAGGACUAACCUCUACGACUAUCGUCGAGCCCCAAGUGCUUUCAAAUCCUUGUGUUUCUACUUCAUCUUCUUCGUCAUCUUCAAACUCAAACCCGAUCGAGUUUGAAGAUCUCGAGUUCUUGGAUUUCGAAUGGGCAUAUAGCAAUAACACGAGUAAUAACGGCAAUGGUAUCGGAUUUUGGGAAGACGAUUUUAAUAGUUGGGAUUUCUUGGUUGGUCGUGAGGAUGAUGAAGNGAAAUCCACAUAUGAAAUCUAA